AUGUCGUCCCCGAGCAAGCGCCGCGAGAUGGACCUCAUGAAGCUGAUGAUGAGCGACUACAAGGUGGAGAUGGUGAACGACGGGAUGCAGGAAUUCUUCGUCGAAUUUAAGGGGCCGACCGAAAGUAUCUACCAAGGCGGUGUCUGGAAGGUUAGGGUAGAACUGCCUGAUGCAUAUCCUUACAAAUCCCCCUCCAUCGGCUUCAUCAACAAGAUUUAUCACCCAAAUGUCGAUGAGAUGUCUGGCUCUGUCUGUUUGGAUGUCAUCAACCAGACAUGGAGCCCAAUGUUUGAUCUAGUAAAUGUUUUUGAAGUAUUCCUUCCGCAGCUUUUAUUGUAUCCGAAUCCUUCUGACCCAUUAAAUGGGGAGGCUGCAGCACUGAUGAUGCGUGAUCGCUCUGCUUAUGAACAGAAAGUGAAAGAAUAUUGUGAAAAGUAUGCCAAACCAGAGGACGCUGGCAUCACUCCGGAAGACAAAUCCAGCGACGAAGAGCUUAGUGAGGAGGAACAUGACUCUGGGGAUGAAGCUAUACUUGGCAAUCCUGAUCCUUAG